UGUUACAAAAUGACUGCAGAUUGUCUUUCCAUUAAGUGGCAUGGACAAUCAGUGCUAAUAAUGUGCAGUGUUGUCAGUAUGAAGCAAUCAAAAUGAGGAAAUGCCAAACUCUAAAGCAGGACAACAGAAAGUUUAGAGAGUUGGUUGGAUAGAUAGCUGGGAAAAUGUGACGUGUGGGUCCCGAUGGCCUCUGUCCCUGAUGAUUCAGUUAUUAUUUGAUUUAUGUGGUCUUGCUGCUGCCCUUGCUUUGACCCUCGAAACGGCUGUGUGGGAAGUUUGUGUCUCUCAGAUAGAGUGAAGCGCUGCUCUGUAAAGUGUUUGGAGCCAAUGCAAAGAAACUGAUAAAUAUAGGAAAAGCUCUUUGCUGCAGAUGCACCCCGAAGAGGGACCAUAGGAGGACACCUCCCUGGGACUAAGCAGUGGGGUCAUUUGAAAGAUUAGCAACUCUUGCUGUGACCUGUGAUGGACUGGCUUCUGAAGCAGAACCUGCCUGAUUUAAAUUCUAUCAAGUUCUGGAGUUGGCUUGCACUGAAAUAAGCUAUGGUUUGCUUUUUGAAAGCACAGAACAGCCCAAGCUGAAUGAAGCACUGGGAACUGGAACAAAGCAUGGCAAAUUCCUUUGUGACAGUGCCUGAGGGAUACUGCCUUAGUGAGCCAAUCCAGUAUUAUGAUGUCUUGCCAGAACACAUCAGUUACCCACUGCAAGACCUCGACUUCCAGCCUGCUCCUUAUUGCCAGUAUUCAGCAGUUCAGUUUCCUCCCGUAUUACAGACACCAUCUCCCCAGUCUCAUUACAAUGCAUACAAUUUGGACUCUCAGUAUAAUGAUGGGCAAUAUAUCAUCAGCAAUUGUGAACUCAGUAAGCCCACCUGCAUGGGUGUCCAUGAAGAUGGGGGAGGAUAUCCUGGACAGAAACGACCCAGGCUUAGUCAUUCCGCCUUACGGAUAAAGGGACAGGAGGAACUCUGUGUGGUUUGUGGGGACAAGGCUUCUGGAUAUCACUACAAUGCACUCACCUGUGAAGGCUGCAAAGGAUUUUUUCGACGCAGCAUCACCAAAAAUGCAAUUUACAGAUGCAAGAAUGGUGGUCACUGUGAAAUGGAUAUGUAUAUGAGGAGAAAAUGUCAGGAGUGUCGCCUAAAGAAGUGUAAAGCUGUGGGAAUGCUGGCGGAAUGUUUACUAACAGAAGUCCAGUGUAAAUCAAAGAGACUCAGAAAAAAGAGUAGCUACCUUAAUAACAUCAAAAUGGAAGAUGAGGGAGUGGACAACAAGCAUGUGUCCUCUACAACCAAAAUUUUAAAAGUCCAGGAGAGAAUGGAACUUACUCCUGGAGAACAUGAGCUUAUUGACCAUAUUUUGGCUGCCCAUCAAAAAUGCACAAUCCCCCUAGAAGAAGCAAAGAAGUUUUUACAGGAAACUGCUAAUCCUGAAGAGAAUUUUUUACGGCUUUCAGAAACAGCCAUGGUUCAUGUGGAGGUACUAGUGGAUUUUACAAAAAGACUCCCAGGAUUUGAAAGUUUAGCCAAUGAUGAUCAGAUUGCUUUGCUGAAAGGCUCCACUAUUGAAGCAAUGUUUUUACGCUCAGCCCAGAUAUAUAAUGAACAAGGGAAUGAGUGCCAGUCAUCAUUCCAUGACAGUCAUGUAGAAUUUUCUGACCAUGCUAUUCAUGGUCAAGGUAAAAGUACUUACUCCAUGGAGAUGUCUCAUAGUGAAGAAAGUCCAACAUCUACUAGUACAACAGGUAUCACUGAGGAAUUUAUCACCGCAUUAUUUUACUUCUAUAGAAGCAUGGGAGAACUCAAUGUGACUGAAGCAGAGUAUGCAUUGCUUGUUGCAACUACUGUGUUUUUUUCAGAUCGUCCACUCCUAAAAAACAAGCAACAUGUGGAAAAACUCCAGGAACCAUUUUUAGGAAUUCUGUACAAGUAUUCCAAAAUUUAUCAUCCUGAAGAACCACAACAUUUUGCUCGUCUCAUAGGGCGACUCACUGAACUCAGAACCCUCAACCACAACCAUUCAGAAGUGCUAGUAACUUGGAGAACAAGAGAUCCUAAGCUGUCCUCUUUACUUUGUGAAAUAUGGGGCCUACAUUAAACAAUUAUUUAAGGGUGCAAUCCUAUGCAUGUUUAGACAGAAAAAAAUGCCUAAAAUUCCAAGCAUGCACAAGCAAGUCUUCUGGAAUAUGCUGGGAAUGGUAGACUUUUUUCUGUCUUAAACAGGCAUAGGAUUGGGCCUUUAACUGUAUUUUCUUUUUGGAAACAUACUAUUUCCCAAUUCUUCUACUUUCAUUAAAAACAAAUUUCAUUUAUGUUAAAUGGCUACAGAUUACUUUUAAAAAUAGAUUGUGCUAUGAUUAUUCCUAAUAUUUGUUUCAGUGGAAAAAAACUUUUUUGAAGUUGAAAAGAUCUAAGAAUAUAACUUCCCUGACAGAAAAUGUAUAUAAAAGGCAAUUUUAAAUGUUAAGGUUUUAGAAGUGUCCGUUUCGUUCUUUACAUGUGUUGUUUGAUGCAUUCAAACCUCCAGAAAACCAAGCUGCAUAUGUCUACAAGAGUUCUGUGAAUGGAGAAAGGAUAGUAAAACAUUUGUGCAUGCAAAGAAAAUGUGAAUUU